AUGGAAGAAAAAGAACAAGGAAAGGAAGGAGAGGAUUUGAAAGAUGAAGGGGUGGAGAAGGCACCUGAGCACAAGGAAGUUGAGACAACGAAAACAAAAAUCCGUUUUUCAGGAGAGUCCAGAAUCCCAUCUGUCCUUGUACCCUCAUCUAACGAAGAAUUGUUGGAAAACAUGCUCAGUCCCGACUAUCAAAGCAAAAAGGAUUCUUUCCAGAGAUCAUUUAUUUCUGGAUCUAAGUUUAUCAGAUGUGAAAGAAGAAGAAUUAGUUUCCUCUGGACAGAGGCGACACACUGUUUAACAACAAUAAAUGAAUUUUUGGGAACUCUCAGAUCUAUUACAUUAAGAAAUAAAAUACACCCCUCACGAGGUGCUGAAGACAGAAGAAGAGUCUUCGCUGGAAAACUUGAGAAUUUGGAUGGUGAAGAAGAAUUAGCAAGAAGAGGCAGAAUUAAUGGAACUAUUCAGCUUGUUGUCCUGUCUCUCCCUUUCAGGUAUGAAAGACUACAAACAAAGAAUGCAAGAAGGAUAUUUAGCAUUUUCUUGCUCCUCCUUCAUGUCACACUGUUGACUGUAGCUUUAAUUAAUACUCCUACGGGUUCGAGGCUUCCUUUCCACUUUCGUGCACUAUUUUUAGCCUUUGGUGUCUUCUUCCUUCUUGAUGUAAUAAUUCAAGCCUUUGUAGAAGGAUUGAAAUCUUAUUUUUCUUCAAUAAUCAAUGUAGUAGAUCUUAUUGGCAUUCUGUUAGUCCUGACAUUGGAUAUUCUUUAUAUUAAUAUUUAUGUUGAAGGAGUUCCCCACGUUCCCAGGUUUACAUUUAUUCUUAAAGGUGUAAGACUUUUUGUUCUCAUAAAAAUAUUUAAGUUGGCCAGCGGGAAAAGGAAGUUUGAAAAAGCAAUUAGAAAACUGGUUUCAGAAAACAAAAGACGUUAUAAGAAAGAUGGAUUUGACCUGGACCUCACUUAUGUUACUGAUAAUGUUAUUGCCAUGUCAUUCCCAUCAUCUGGACGUGAGUCAAUCUAUAGAAAUCCCAUUAAGGAAGUCGUGAGAUUUCUGGAUUCGAAACAUCGAGACCACUACAAAAUCUACAACUUGUGCAGUGAGAAGUCCUAUAAUCCUUCAUACUUCCAUAACAGGGUAGAAAGAUUCCCUAUUGAUGAUCAUAAUGUUCCCAGUGUAAUUGAUAUGCUGAAAUUUGUGGACAGUGUAUUUGAAUGGAUGGAACAGGAUUCAGAAAAUGUCAUAGUAGUUCACUGUUUGGGAGGCAAAGGUAGGACUGGAACUAUGAUCUGUAUUUGGCUUAUUGCUAGUGAACAAUUUGAUACUGCAAAGGAGAGCCUGGAAUAUUUUGGAAAAAGAAGAACAGAUACAACUAGUGGCACCAAAUAUCAGGGAGUAGAAACUCCUUCACAGAGCAGAUAUGUUGAAUAUUUUGCAAUGAUAAAGAACAAGUAUAAUUGGACUGUCCCUCAAAAAAGAAUGCUCCAGAUAAGAACCAUCAUUAUUUAUUCAAUUCAAGGGGUUGGAAAAGGUGAUGGAAGUGAUCUGAAAAUCUCAGUAAUAGCAAAUAAAAGGCAAGUUUUCACCUGUAAAUUUUCAUCUUCAAAGAACUGUGAGGUAUUUUGUUGUGAAAAUUUGGAUUACGUAACUGUUAAAAUUUCAGACUGUCCAAAUAUCUAUGGUGAUGUGAAAGUAAAAUUUUUCUCUUCCUCAGCCAUUCCUAAACUAUAUGACAAGUGUUCAUUUUUCUUUUGGUUCAAUACAGCUUUCAUUGACAACAACAGGCUCUAUCUUACCAGAAAUGAAUUGGAUAAUCCCCAUAAACAAAAAACAUGGCACAUUUACCGUGAAAAUUUUGCAGUGGAAGUACUGUUUUAAGAAGGCAUGACCUACAGAAGUGUAUAUUUGUUUAA